ACAUGGAAGAGGUACUCAAGGAAUUUUACCGAUGUAGGAUUUGUGAUGAACCUAUUACCUACCCGAAGAAACUCAGAUGUCAGCACGUUUUUUGCCAUGAAUGUUUGGUACUUUACAUCACUGAAUUCUAUGGCAAAGCUUCGUUUCCUUGUCCAGUAUGCGGAUAUAAACAUUUGCCCGAGGAACAAGAAUCGGUUGUUUCACAGGAUACAUUACUGAUACUAGAGGAAGAUACUCUUAUGAAGGAUGUCCAGCAGUUUUUCAAAAAUGGCGAAGAACCUGAAGCGAUGUAUAGUGUGAAUAAUAUGAUUCCAGUAUCAUGUAAUCUUCACGAUGAAUAUAUGUACGAUUACUUCUGUGUGAAUUGCAACAUGCUUGCUUGCCAUAAAUGCAGACGAGAGAUGCAUGUACGUUGUGAGCUACACAAGAUUGACAAGGGUAUGCAUAUGAAAGCAUUCAACAAUAGCAAGGAAGUCGCAGAACAACUAACUAACUUUCUGUCUGAAACUGAAGAAUUACACAACAUUCUUAACACAAAAAUAGGAAACAUCGUCCCUGACCCUGCAACACAUGAUGAAACAAUCAAGUUGUAUUAUUCAGAAUUACGAGAAAAAGUUGUUCAGUACCUGGCAGAGCAAGAGAGGAAAGUACUAGAGAAAGCAAAAGAACUUCGAGAGAAUGAGAUAGCAUACUUAGAGCGCGACGCUGUGGUUUGUGAUAAGAUGGCGUCAUCUGUAAAAUUACAACAGGAACUUGCACUUGCUGUACAAAAACAAAUUACUACACAUGCACCGCAAAAUUUAGUUGUAACGAACCAUUUAAGGAAAAAUUUGGAAAGAUUUAAAACGAUGUUUUCACAACUACAAUCAGAUAUCGACACAGAAUAUAAUGUACGAUUCAUUGUCAACACAGAGUUGGAGGACAAAUUGGCCGACACGGACAUCGUGAAGAUCGAAAUUGUUGAUUGCUGUCAUAUGGAUGCUUGUGCUGUUACUUUCCAGGAAGAUGCUGUUGUUGACCAGCAGGUACGCGCCGAACUGGAUUCUGCAUUGUCAACUCCUGAUAGGUCUUCGUUAAUGACCACACAACAUGAAGAAAUGUCGCCCCCCCUUCCACCUGAGGAACCACCACCGACUUAUAAUAGUGUAGCUCGACAAUCCUUCAUACAAAGACGGCGUCCUUUGAACUCAUCGGUUAUUCGACGCCAGCCUUCAGCAUCUGCCCCACCAUUGUCGGCCCUUGAUGAUAUGCCUGGACCCUCUUCCCGUCUUCAUUAUAGUCCCUCCACACAAGUCCAUUACCCUUCUGCUGACGGUCGCUCCACUGUGCAACCAUCUGCGCCCCCGCUGUCCCUGAGUGCAUCGUCUGAACCAUUUGAUUCCCCACAGGAAUCCACUUUUACACCAAUUCCUCUAAAUGCACAAACGGUCACCAUGUUUAAGUAUCUAACAAAGAUUGAUACAGUAACAGACAAAGACGAGUUUAAUCCUUCCUUGAUGGGCAUUGUGUCUUUAGGAGAAUUCUUUGUCGUGGCAGACAAAAAAAACAAGUGCCUUAAACGCUUCAGAAGUGAUGGGUUUGGUUCCUUAGUUGACCAAUUCUACUGUGCAUCGGAGCCAUGGGAUGUCGCUGGUAUAUCAGACACUCUCUGUGUUGUGACUGCUCCGGAAGAAGGUGAUAUACUCUUUGUAUCCUUUGCAGAUACACCUGGUGAAACACCAGCUAAGCUAGAGUUUGUGAUGGAAACUGGAAAGUACAUUAGUAUAGGUUACUGUAGAGACAAAGACAGACUCAUUUGUGGAAGAGGACCACCAUUCUCUGCUGCAAGGAUUGAUAUUUUAACUAUGCGUGGAGAUAUCGUACAGAAAAUUGACCUUAUGUUCUCAAUGACAGUUCCGAGGAGUCUUCUUAUGUCUACAACCACAUUUCUUGUGUUUUGUGAUGUGCGUAAAAAUGAAGUGGAGGUCUAUGACAUAAAAAAUAGCAAAAACUCUCCUGAAGUUGUGCGGCGUUAUGGGCAUGAUUCACUAAAAGAUCCACAAGGAAUCGCUUUACUGCCUGUACUGAAAAGUAUUCUCAUACUAGACGCUUCAUCCGGCAAUGUGUUUAUAACAUCUUAUUCAGGUCAUGCACGCAAGGUUGUGCAUGGAGAUAUUAAAAGGGAACGACUAGGUGGUCACGAGGUGCAGUAUACCAUCAGUGUUAGUAACGACCAGAAAAUCCUUGCAGUGGCCCACUACAAGGGCAAAAUCUCGUUCUAUGAAAUCAGAUACAUGUAAAACUGGUGAAACUGAGAUUCUUUUAAAGGUGUUAUUACUUGUGUGUCUUGUUCAAUGGCUUUCUAUACCACAUACUUAUCUACAGUCCAAACAUAAUUUGACAUCAGAAUAUUUAUAAAGGCUACAAACAGCUUUUGCCCUAAAAGUUAUUUUUUAGGAACAGACG